GGUACAAAUACUGCUUACACUAUUGAUAACAGCACUGCACUUGAGAAUGUUUAUAGGUUGAAUGUGGGUGGGAAUGAUAUCUCUCCCUCCCAUGAUACUGGUAUGUUUAGGUCAUGGUCUGAUGAUGUUCCCUUUCUCUUUGGCGCUGCAUUUGGAGUUACAGAGCCUGCUGAUUCAAAUGUGAAGUUUGAGUAUCCUCCGGGCACGCCAAGUUAUAUUGCCCCACUUGAUGUCUACACUACGGCCAGAUCAAUGGGCCCGAAUCCGCAGAUCAACACGAAUUACAACUUGACUUGGAUCUUCAACAUUGAUUCAGGGUUUUCCUAUCUAGUGAGACUUCAUUUUGCUGAGGUAUCAUCAAAUAUAACCAAGACUAAUCAAAGAGUAUUUGAUAUAUUCCUCAAUAAUCAAACAGCUUUUCCCCAGGCUGAUGUUAUUGCCUGGGCAAAAGAUUUUGACCUUUCACAUUCUAAUGGGGUGCCUGUGCAUAAAGAUUAUGUUGUCUUUAUUCCCGAAGCUAGAGAACCACGGCAGGACCUGUGGCUUGCAUUGCAUCCAGAUCCAACUGACAAGCCCAUGUAUUAUGAUGCUAUAUUGAACGGAGUGGAGAUAUUCAAAAUUAGUGAUAGUGCUGGAAAUCUGGCAGGGACAAAUCCUAUUCCUCCCCCUGUGCAAGAUAUAAUUGACCCGUCAACAGCUAGAGCACAUAAUCAUAGUAAAUCAAAGAAUCAUACAGGCAUAAUUGCAGGAGGUGUUGUUGGAGGUGUUGUUGUAGUACUUGUGAUUGGGCUAUUUGUUUUAGCUGCAUCUCGUCGCCGUAGGCAAGGAAAGGAUUCUGAUGCAAGUGAAGGGCCAUCUGGCUGGCUUCCACUUUCUCUUUAUGGUCCUUCACACUCUGCAGUUUCUGCCAAGACCAACACAACAGGAAGUUAUGCUUCCUCCCUCCCAUCAAACCUUUGUCGGCAUUUCUCAUUUGCUGAAAUCAAGUCUGCCACAAACAACUUUGAUGAGGCUUUGCUUCUUGGUGUAGGAGGAUUCGGUAAGGUUUACAAGGGAGAAAUUGAUGGUGGAACAACCAAAGUAGCAAUUAAACGUGGGAAUCCACUAUCUGAGCAGGGGGUGCAUGAGUUCCAAACUGAGAUUGAAAUGCUUUCUAAACUUCGUCACCGCCACCUUGUUUCUCUGAUUGGAUACUGUGAAGAAAACACUGAAAUGAUCCUUGUUUAUGAUUAUAUGGCCUAUGGAACACUCAGGGAGCAUUUGUACAAGACCCAGAAACCUCCACUUCCAUGGAAGCAAAGGCUUGAGAUAUGCAUUGGAGCUGCUCGGGGUUUACACUAUUUACACACUGGUGCUAAACACACAAUCAUCCACCGUGAUGUGAAG